CGCUGCGCUUCCGGCCGCGGAGCGCAGGCUGCCGCCGGGUACGCAUGGGCUUCGCUGGGGUCCGCAGGUUCGAGUCCCAGAACGGGGAUGAGCCUCUUUGAUCUCUUUCGGGGCUUUUUCGGCCUUUCUGGACCUCGGAGCCACAGAGACCCGUUUUUCGGAGGCUUGACUCGAGAUGAAGACGAGGACGACGAGGACGAGGAGGAAGAAGCCCCGUGGGGCGGUGGGAGCUCCGGGUUCGAGGGCCCCCAGCCCCCCGAGGAGUUUGGCUUCGGCUUCAGCUUCAGCCCAGGAGGAGGGAUGCGUUUCCAUGAUAGCUUCGGCUUUGACGACCUAAUUCGGGAUUUCAAUAACCUCUUCAGCGACAUGGGGACCUGGACCUUGCCUCCCCGCCUCCCGGAGCUUCCAGGUCCUGGUCCCGAGUCCGAGACACCCGGUGAGAGACGACGGGAGGGACAGACUCUCCGGGACUCGAUGCUCAAGUAUCCAGAUAGUCCGCGGCCCCGGAUCUCUGGGGGCGCCUCGGAGAGUGACGCCAGAGGCGAAGCCCCCAAACCCGCACCGGACUGGGGCUCCCAGAGGCCUUUGGGUGUGUUUGAUGAUAUGUGGCCUAUGACCCCCCGUUCUAGAGCCAGAGAAGACAAUGAUCUUGAUUCCCAGGUUUCCCAGGAGGGCCUCGGCCCAGUUCUCCAGCCCCAGCCCAAAUCCUAUUUCAAGAGCGUCUCAGUGACCAAGAUCACUAAGCCAGAUGGGACAGUAGAGGAGCGCCGGACCGUGGUGGACAGUGAGGGCCGGACAGAGACCACCGUAACCCAUCAGGAAGGAGAUGGCCGUCCCCGAGAUGAUCGAGAAUCACCAAACCCUGCAGCCCUGGAUGGCGCCUAUUCCAUCCUGGAUUUAUUCCUAGGACGAUGGUUCCGGUCCCGGUAGCCUUGUCAACCCUCAGAGGCCUUCAGAUUCUUUCCACCCUUGGCACACCAUCAGUGGACUUACCUUUCCCUCCUGCCGCCUCAGGGCCUUGGGUGUGAAGAACAGUGAAUUGGGGGUAUGUCAGUUUGUGACUCACCCAAACUGACCAAUAAAACCUUUAUUUAUGCUAA